CGUUGGCGGCGGCUGCAGCAGUGGCCGCGGCCGCAGCCGCAGCUAACAAACCACUGCGUGAUCUGGGCGCCGGUAAGAUCAGUUGCGAAAAGUGUGGCGAAAAGAUCGAGACGACGCUCUUUGUCGAUCACAUCCGGCAAUGCAUCGGAGGAACGGCGUUACUGGCCGCCCAGCAGCAACGGGAGAAGCUGAAGAGUGCACUGCUUUCCAAUACGAUCCUUCCGCCGGACUCGAUCUCACCGAUUGGACGCGAUGGCCGGAAGAGCGCCAGUGAUGAUCUCUCGUCACCGUUAUCCUCGGUUGCAACGAAGUCACCGCUCGGUUCCGAUCUCCUUUCGCCCGUUUCCAUGCUCACAAAGAAGGAUCUAACCCCUGGCGGUGGUGGUGAGAAGAGCUCCUCACCAUCAGUACUGAACGCGAUCGAGCAGCUGAUCGAGAAGAGCUUCGACACGCGAUCCCGUCACUCCGGGUACGGUGGUGGACCAGGCGGUGGUGGUCCCGGUAGUGGUGGUGGUCCUGGUGGUGGUGGUGGUCCCGGUAAUCAGGGUGCAUCGACACCACUCGGUUCCAGCAUCCUGAAGCGGCUCGGUAUCGACGAGAGUGUCGACUACACGAAACCGCUCGUCGAUCAGCAAACGAUGAACCUGCUCCGCUCCUAUCACCAGCACCAACAGCAGCAGCAGCAGCAACACUACGCCUCGCAGCAGUAUGGCCGCCGGGAACGAUCCGGUAGUGAGUCGAGCUCGAUCUCCGAACGUGGCAGCUCACGGCUUGAUUCGCUGACUCCGGACAAAAAGUUCGACACUCCAAGUCACUCGACACCGCGCGGAACUCCGGAGAAACCAUUCAUGGAGGUGGAUGAUCAGCAAGCUGGAGGAGCUGGAACCGGUCAGAAUGUUGCCAUCAAGCGUGAGCUACAUAGCGAUGAUGAGCGUGGUGUCGGUGAGCACGAAGGAGGUGAAGAACCGGAGGAACCGGCGACGACGACACCGUCGAGCGGUGCCAAAGCCGGAAAGAUCCGCAUCAAGAAGGAGCUGGAGUUACAGGAGCAGCAACUGCAGGACGAUGAAAUGCGGCCACCGAGCAAGGCGCAGCACCAUCGGGAUGCACAUCACGACGAACAGCAGCAGCAACAGCAUCAUGGUAUCGGUUCGAGCCCUGCGCCCAGUCCACGCCUUUCGACGGCCAGCGUACCGCUCAGUCCGGCCGCAAGCCCCUUGAGUGAUCAUCAUUCCAUUGCAUCCCGUUCGACGCCGGGUGCCGAUGGUCCAACGUCGACGACGAAAAAAUCGACACCGGUACCACCUUCCUCCUCGGUUAGCAGCAGUCUCGGUGCUCUGUCCUCCAUGUUUGACAGCCUGACUGGCUCGGGAGGUGGCGGCAGCAGUGGCAGUGGUGCCGGUGGUGCUGAUGGUUCCGGAUCUUCCUCGUCCGGUGGCAAAAAGUCGAGCGCUCAUCCGUUGGCCGCGUUGCAGAAACUUUGUGAUAAAACCGAGACACCGUCCGGUGGUGGUGGUGGUGGCCGCGGUAGUGGUGGUAGUUCCAGUUCUGCUCUGUUGGCCGCUACGAAUUCGGCAGCGUCCGGCAAUGGUGGCAGUGGUGGUCAAGCGUCUUCGGUAUCGCGUACUGCUCCGGGCGCUAUUCUGGCGUUCAGCUGGGCCUGUAAUGAGGGUGUGGCCGUGUCGGAGGAGGCUGGUGGCGGUGCGGGGACACUCAAGUGCGCGUAUUGUGAUACGACGUUUAGCUCGAAGGGUGCCUACCGUCACCAUCUGUCAAAGGCGCACUUCGUUAAUGAUGACGUCAUUCCGGAUCCGAAGAGUUCCUCGCUGACGGCCACUAGCGGUGCCCAGGCCCUUCACGCCAAGGCACGUUCCUCACCGUCACCGCAUUCACCGAAAUCGGGAGGUGGUUCGAAUGCACCGCUGUCUCUCGUCACUUCCGCUGGAGGUAAUGGUGCCGGUUCGGGAUCGUCUUCGUCGGUGGCAUCCGGUGGUGGUUCCGGGCGCGAAAGUGCCGAACGUCGAUCGAUGGAACCGGCGUCGGCGAAGAGCCCUCCACCGUCACAGUCGCCUGCGGCUUCGUUCCAGGACGAGAGCCCGCAUUCCAAGUUCCUCAAGUACACCGAGUUGGCGAAGCAGCUGUCCUCCAAGUACGUCUGACACUCCUAAGCAGCGAACAGAGCGUCUUGACACACCCAGCACACAGACAGACACAUAUCCUUGUGAAUAGCGGCAAGUGCGGUAAGCGAUCACGAUCACGUACAGCAGCAGCAGCGUUUGAUGGCAGCUUUUCAGUUGACAGCCCAAAUGACAGUUCCCAGAAUUCGGCCGGUGGGGUGGUUGUAGCGAUAGAAAAAGAGAGUAGCGAAAGAGAGAGAGAAAGAGUAAUUUUAAUCGAAAACUAAGAAAAAAAACACGGAAACUAAAGUCAACCUUACAGCAACCUAGUUAUACGAGCGCAAACACGAUACGAUCAAUUCGAUGAGGAGUAGCAACAGUAGUAGCAGCAGCAGAAGUUGAGCAUUAUUGGCCCCCCCUCUCGUAAGUCCUGGCUCUGAUUCCCAGAUUCAGAGGACGCAUUCAAUUUACUGCAAGCAAAACAAAACAAAAAUUUGGUAUACGUAAUUUACAAAACACACAAAAACAAACCAAACUAUCAACUAGCAAACACACUAGGGUGAAGAAAGACAAACUACACAACACACUCUAACACACAUCUUGGAAAAGCGUUAAAAUUUAGCAAACAAAAUGUUGGAAAUACGAAAAGAAAAUUAAGUAUACGGCAAACAUACACGGACAGACGAACACACAUACGAAAAUAGAGGCGCUAAUGACAGAGGAAAAGUAAGAGUGGUAAGAAAAGAGAGCAGAACUUUGAAGAAAAGGAAAAACUUGCACCGUUUAUGUAAAAAAGAAAAGAAGCAGAGAGAGAGAGAACAAUUGAAAACAAAACAAUUAAAUUUGAAGUAAAUCCUUACAGCAAACACUGGAUACGAUACACAAAAGUCAACGGACGUGCCAAAAAAAAAACACUGUAUACUAAUCUAUUGCUCGAUUGCAAGCAAAACUUCACACCAAGCCGAACGAACGAACGGGAAUCGAAUCGUACUCACACGUAUACCGCAUUUUCGCAUUAUGGAAGAAGGAGAGAAAAAUAGGAAAGAAGAUAAGAAAGAAGAGAUAUGGCCGGUAGAAUGCUUGUGGCCCCUCUUUUGGUUACUGUUUUGUAUGUUCGAUCAAAUGCACUCAUAGCUCAGCACAGCUGAAUGGCAUCUGACGGCAUCUAACCGGAUCGUACGCCGUGUGCCACCACCAGUGAUACAGUGCACGGAGUACGAUCCGCAGGUUCUACUCAAGCUGCAAGAUGAUCCGCACAGUGAGGCACAGCACAAGAUGUGAUUUUAGUUUCUCCAUUUAAGGGUGAUCCCAGUGAUGGAUGACAGAUCCUUACGGAUGCGCUCAUUCGAUCCCUUUUCAGUUUGCAGUAGUCAGUAGUCAGCUUGCUGGUUUGCUGACGUGUGAAUGCCAGGCAGCAUUUAGUGCACAGCAGAGCAGUUAGAGGGUUUAAGGCUGUUGAAGGUGGAUUGUAAAUAGUUUCAUACCUGACUGCUCUGAGCGUUUACUAGGCGUUUUCUCAGAAACUAACAUUUAACAAAGGACAUCUCGUCAGUCAGUCAGUCAGUCAGUCAGCCGCAGUCUCAAGUCUCAAGUAAGCGCCUGUCAGGCGUGGUAGUGGUUGUGGAGUUGGAGAAAAUAAGUAAUGUAAAAAAAACAUAAAAAAGUCAGAAAACUCGAAACAAAAAAGUAAGCAUUUCAAACUCCUUUCCAAAAGUAAGUUACAGCCAGUAGUUACACAAUAAGCCUACCGCCGCCCCCCGUUCAACUAUACACGGCAUCACACAGAUCACAGACCGUAGGUCGGGACGGUAGGUAGCAGCAGCAGCAGCAGCAGUAGUAGUACGGUCCGGGCAUCCGGAUAUCUCAGUAUAAGAACAAGAACUGUCUUGUGCGUAAGUGAAGCGGGGUCCCUAUUUAUUGAGAGUGAUUUAAGCAAAACGGAAUCGUAGAAUUAAAAAAACAGCUAGAAGGGCUUCGACGACAGCGCCGUGCGGAGUAGUUAAGGCUUCCAUCUGAUAGAAGGGUAUAGGCCGGCGUGUGCGUGUGUGCUUGUGCAUCGGUUUUUGGGGUUACGAACGCCAUCUAGUAUUUAGGAAUACUACUGCACACGCACACUCGAGGAGAAACCAUGGCAACACACUCACGCAGGUGUUGUGGUGAAAAAUACGAUCGAAAAUACAGUAUACGCGGGCAAGAUUGCAAAUUCUAGGCGCAAUACAAAAUGCGCCCGAAAUCGUCGAAGACAAAAACCCAGUAUACCGCGAGAGGAAGCAGCAGCGAUACUCUAUCUCUGAUUAUACAUAUGAGAAUAACAAAUUGAAAUACAACCCCCCUCUCCCUCUGUACAUUGUAUUAUAUUGUGCGAGUGCAGUUUGCAUUACGAUACCUAUAUAUGAUCUAUAUAUAUAUACAUAUAAAUAUAUAUGAAUAUAUUCGCGCUAUUAUCAUUACUUUUAUGACGUUUAUGGGCGAGGCGGACCGCACCGAAAACAAAAAAAAAACUGCAACCGUUUCCCUAAAUCAAAUGCGAAUCGCAAAUCGAAGCGUAGCAGAGAGCAUCAACAGAGCGUGUUAAACAGCAAUGUAUUCGUCG